AUGGAGUUUGUUAACCGAAUAGUGGACGUAGCUGCGAGAGCUGCAAACAACAACACAUUGAUUAACGUUUGUCUGCUUGCUUCGUUUGCAACCCUUGGUGUAAGAUCUAUGAAUCAACAAUGGACCAUUGAAGCUCUUGAGGCUGAGAAGGAAUCUCUUACCAAAACCAACAAGUCCAUUAGAAGGACCAUUUGGAACUGGAAACAGCAGCUUUAUGCUGAAGCCUCUACUGAUUCUUUUGUGGUUCCUCUGGAAAGGAUCAAAGCCAUCUAUGGUGAAGCCCCGCCUCCUCCACUCGCCAAACUAGGAGAUCCUGGGACGAAAGAUGCAAAGUCAUCUGGUACUACCAGCACUUAA